CGAUAACGUCAUUCGUUCGUCGCCAUUUGCAUCGCGACGGUCUGCGUGCAAAAGUUUGUCGGAAAAAGUUCGAAAUUUGCAAGUUUAUCGCGAGUGCCGUUCCAGAUACGUGUUUCCCAGGGGUGUCUUCCAACGCACCAGGUUCCACUGGCUGAUAGUGUUGUGUAGCAGCAGCGCAUCCGGAACGCAAACGGCGCUUGCUAUCGCCGUGAAAAUCGUCCUUCACCAGUAGCACCUCCACUUCGAUCGCAGUAAGAAAAUCACCUUUUGGAAGAUUUUCUUUUUUUCUCAUAGAAGUGGUACAAUCAUGGCCAACUAAAAAGAUGUCUACAAGCAGCAAAGUAUCGCUCGUCAGCAGCAGCUACAUCGCUCCUUAUCGGCGUGGAGGAAAACAGCUCGGUCGCUCCGAGCCGGAACUGGCAGAUCAGAUCGAUAGCCAGUCGGGCUCCGCCCCCUACUCCCAUUGCUCGAUUGUUUUUUCUUUUGACCUAGUUUUAAGCACCGUAAGCAGCUCCGCCAAUGGAGAAAAAUCAUCGCUUUGCGAGUCAGUCUCUGUCCAAGGGACAGAAUUCUGAUUCCAAGAAAAAUCAAGAUAUCUCAACCAAGUGGCCACGCAAUUCCAAGAGACGUGAACAAACGAGCUCGAGUGGCUACAAAUCGGAAAAUCUUCGAAGCUCCAGCGGCAAAGCAACACCAGCCGGAAAGACUCGUGCCCAAACCAACUUUAACUAUGACAAGCGCUCGAAGCAGCGCCCGGAAGCAGCUGGUCCGCUGUAUCCGGAGACUGCAAUUUCGGCACUUGACCCAACUAAUCAGUACGACGACGACUACGAAGGAGCCGGGCUAGCAUUGUAUGCCGGCGGUGAAUAUGGCACUGCAAGGCAUGAACUACACUCGGUGUUCUCACCUGGUUCGAAGAAACAAAGUUUGAACCACUUGUUGAACUUCCAUUAUACGCCUCGUGAGCGUGACCAGCCGAUCCAUUUUAGCAAGACGGGAAACAAUCGUAGCUAUGUCAAGAAGGUUACCUACAACAAGGAGCAGUACUUGCAGGCAAACUGUCAGUUUGUCGUACGUGCUGGUGAGGACUAUACGGUUGUUCUAGCAUCUCCUGAUAACCUGGUGGAGUGGACAAAAAUCGAGCAGAUUCAUAUCUUUAGCUCCGAAGAGUCGCAAUGUCCCAUUUGCUUGUACCCGCCAGUUGCCGCCAAAAUGACAAAAUGUGGUCACAUUUACUGCUGGCCAUGCAUUUUGCACUAUCUUGCUCUGUCUGACAAGACUUGGCGCAAAUGUCCCAUCUGCUAUGAUGCGAUCCAUCUUCCUGAUCUGAGAAGUAGCGUAUUGAAACCGUUCCACUCGUACACCGUCGGGGAAACAGUGACUUUCCAGUUGAUGCGCCGUGCGAAGACCUCCUCAAUUGCUGAGAUUGCGUCUGACGCUGUGAAUAAAAAUCUAGAAGUUCCUAUGUUUGAUCCUGACAUUGAUAAAACUAUCCUCACCAAGCUGCUACUGAGUGGCCCGACAGAAAUUCUGAAAAUCAUUGAACGCGAGCAACAGGAACUGGUUAACCAAAUUGUGGUUGAUGGUGUUGAUUGCCCGGAGAACAUUUUCGUACAACAAGCGCUCGAACAAUUGAAGGAACGCAGGGAAAAAACAUUAAUGUGCAGUGGUGUUGAAUUGGCUGUGAAGCAAAAACAUACCAAUCAAUCCCUUCAUGAUGAAGCUUCGGGAUUUGUUGUUGGAGACAACUCAGCAAAAUGCGUAGGAGCAGAAGAGGCUAUUUCUGCGGAGCAAGCAACGUGCGCCGACUUUAUGAUUGACGAGGAUAGCAACUUCACUUUGAGCGAUAUUGACAUUGUUCCCACAUCGACAUGCGCUUCGUCGGAUUACUUCUAUUUCUACCAAUCCACAGACGGGCAGGCACUUUACUUGCAUUCAAUGAACACCCGCAUGCUACAGGCGAUGUAUGGAAGCUUGGACAGGAGUCCUCAGCAAAUCACCGGCAAGAUUGUACACAAAGACAGCAGUUCCAUGUCUGAGGAUUUGCGGAAGCGUUUGAAAUAUCUUCAACAUUUGCCCAUUUGCACCCAGUUCGAGGUGGUGGAGGUAGAGUUUGUUCAUGGAGUAAUCUCGCCCGAAGUGUUGAUCCAGUUCAAAGAGGAAAUCAAUGGCCGCCGCAAAGAUCGUAAGAAGAGAGAUCGUGCCGAGAGAAUCCGGGAGAAGCAAAUUUUCGAGUUUAAUGAACGUCAGUUGGGAAAAUCUUUGGCACGUUCUGCCAAAAUAAAUAUUAAUUCUAACAAGCAUUUUCCUACGUAUGGAACAAGCGAAUCGUACGAUUUCAGUCGUGAGCCGCCACUUUAUGCCAGCCCUACUUCCAGUGAUGCUUCAGCUUCGCCAUGUCCAUCAGGACCGUCGUGGUCGAAGAUGUUAUCCACUUCACCAGCAGCAUCUCGAUGGCCAUCCCUUCCAUCAGGGGGGUCGUUGAACGUGUUUGGACCUUUGGCGGCACCGCCUCCAAAGAUAAUCCAGGUGACUGGAUCCAGAAUGGGUUCAGCAGCAUCAUCUUCAAGUUUCAAGCACCGUUUCUCGCCAGAAAGUGACGUUGACGAAAAUGACGAUUACGAGGAAGCUCGGGCACCAGAACCGACAAUUGAUUUGGCAUCUGCCAUCGAGGCAGCACUGGAGAAAGUCUCGCUUAGCAACGAACUUGCCACAACCGAGAGCGGAACAGUUAAGAAACAGAAGGGUGGCGCUGCUCUCAGCAAUGGGGCGAAAAAGAAGAAAAACAAGAAAACUGUAUUGUUUGCUUCCGGUAUGAAUUUAAAUUAGAUUUUAAUCUUUUUUCUGUAAUGGCUAAAUUAGUUUACGUUUUAUGAAAAAUUGUUACAUAAAUGUAGAGACAAUAUGUAUGUACUAUUCGUUCUGUAGUUUUAUUUUGGGUCUUUGCUAAUAUUCUUUACGGCAUUAAAAAUGUAUUCUAACAAAUAUUGAUUUAUUAAAUUUCUUAGCAAACAAG